CACUACUAUAUAACAAAUAAUUUGAGGCAUAAUGGCUCAACCGGCACCAAAUGCUCGGAGAUCAAGUCGGCCGCAACGGAAACGUAUGUUUGUUGAUACGUAUGAUUGUUUAGGCAGAGAUGAAGAGAAACAGCUUAGUGCAGCACUAAAAGCAUCCUUAGUAGAAUCAGAUCCACAACCUGAACCAGAUCCACAACCCGAACCAAAGAAACAAAAUACCGCACCAGAAGAAAAACAGAAAACUGAGCCAGAAGUAAAACAGAAAACUGAGCCAGAAGUAAAACAGAAAACUGAGCCAGAAGUAAAACCACCAGAAGUAAAGCGGGGACGAGGCAGACCCAAAGGGAAACCAAAAGAGAAGAAAGCGGUUGAAGCGAAGAAAGUUAAACCCGACCCCGAAUCCCAACCAGAAGAUCCCUCGAGCAACACUCACGAAGUUGAAGAUUCCAAAAAUCCUAAAACGAAGCGCAAAAAAUCCAUCAUCCGACAAAAGUCGAUAUCGGGGGAACCCGUCAUAGUCAAACCACAACGAAAGUUUGCUUCCGUAACAGCGAACGGUAGAAAAGUUCCAGCUAAGAGAAAAGCUACCCCAAAACGCGCACCUACCCUACCAGCAUCAGAAGAUUGCGACGACACCCCAAAAACCGAGGAGUUUGUGGACUACCUCUGUUUACGCAGCACUGUACCCAAAAAAACAGAAUGGAGACAUUUCAGCGGAGACGAAGAUUCCUUAGUUAUCGCAGAAAGCGAGGAUUCCUCUCCAGAAGAUGGUGAGGACUUUAAAGUUUUUGAUUUUGACGAAACCCCGACCGAGGACAACGACACAAAAACGGACAAAACACGACAACCGUCUAGCCAAUCACGUACAAAACGGAAUAACUCUGCCAAGAAACGGAAACUGACUCAGAACUACUACAACGCCAAGCUGAGGUCCUCUGCGGAUCACACUGAUAAUUCCGUCCUUGACUCGGCUCCUGUGUUCCGACCGACUGGAGAAGAAUUUAAAAAUUUCCACGCUUACCUGGAAAAGAUAACUUCUCAACUGUUAUCAAAUGGAAUGUGUAAAGUUGUACCUCCACUUGCUUGGAAAACACCACACGUACUAUCAGAUGAUUUGAGGUUCACUAUGAAGAGACAGGAGGUUCACAGGAUUUGCCACCGAUCUGGUCCUAGUACUACAGUAUUGAGACAGAUCAAAUCUCAUCUCAUCAACGAUCACGGUUUUGAGUGGAAAGGGCUCCCUCAAAUUGGAACCAUGGUUGUUGACUUGGCCCGGUUUUCAUGGCUGAUGAAGAAAAAUGGCGGUCUUCAAGUCGUUAUUGACAAGAAUAAGUGGUCCAAGAUUGGUGAUGCGUUGGGCAUCGCUCAAGUGGCAGAACGUAACGAGCAGUUAGAAGAUGUUUACUGUAAAUACCUCCUCUCAUACGACUUGUUGUCAGACGAGGAGAAAGAUAAGCUCAAAAUAGACGACAUUGAAGUAAAUGAUGAGAUCGAGGACAUUGGAAAGAAGGAUGACGCUGCAAGCUCUGAGGCGGCAUGAUGCUCACGCUCGCAAGAACAAGUUCCCUCCUGACGGAGUCGCCUCUGCAACAUCUCUGGAGCUGGAGUUCUGGAACCUUGUGUGUUCGUCUGAGGAGUAUUUCGUGUCCCCCAAAGGUAUGGAGUCCACUAUGACACAUGGUAGUGGAUUUCCUGCGUACGAGCCCCGUCAUAUCUCACAAAGCGACUGGAACUUGACCAAUCUCCGACACCUCCCCGACGGAGUGAUGGGAUUCCUGCCGGAUGUCAAGUUUGUUACUCAGCCUAGACUGGAGUUUUGUUCUCUCUUCUCAGCAUCUGGAUGGCAUGUUGAACCCCACUUCCUGCCACUCAUCUCUUACAACCACUUCAGUCACCCUCGUAUUUGGUACGCUUGCCCAGCUUCCGAUAGCCGGAAAUUCUUGUCAGCCCUCCACGAUAUCGUUCCCCGUCUUGUUAACGGUAACCACAUCCUCGACCCUAACUGUGUUCUUAUCCCUCCUGCUGAAUUCAUUGCUAAAGAUAUCAAAGUGGUCAGAGCUGUCCAGAAACCUGGCGAGUUCAUUAUCACUGCUCCUAAAUCUUACAUCGCCCACUUCAGUCUCGGCCUCAACGUUAACGAAGCGGUGAACUUUGCAACUGAAGAGUGGCUCCACCAUGGCUCAGACAGUUUGAAAUUGUACCAAGAUUGGAAGUUAAGACCACCCCUGAACAUUCCUCAAAUUAUAAUCGACGUAAUAAAACGACACGACUCUUUGAACGAGCGUGCCCUGAGAGCUGCAGAACCCUACUUGAUCUCCGUUCUAAAGGAUGAGCUGGAAGAUAGAAAGAAGUGCACUCUUCCUACUGCAUCUCUUAUUCUGGAGUCCAGUGAUAUGUUCUGUGAAAAUUGUCAGACCAUUUGUCAUCUCUCUUCUGUUAAAGCAUGUAAACUUACUGAGGGCGUGCCCUCAAAGAUGAAGGAGAAGAAAUCGAAGACUACCAAGAAACAACCAGCUUUCUGUCUAAAACAUUCAUCUCACAUCACUACCGGUUUGCUGGAAUGCAAAGUAUCUGAUGCAGUAAUCAAACGUAUGCUCAGCACCCUUGAAAAACGACUCCACCCAAAACGGAGUAUAGUACACCCAGUCCAGUCUCUGGCCAGGUCAGUGUGUCGACCCCAGAUGACACCCUCUCCGAUAGUUUCCAAAUCAGAGCCUGCAAAACCCACGAACACACCACCUAGCUGUGCGCCCCGUUCACCUGCUCACCAGGCCUCCCCCGUGUGCCCUCCUAGUCCUGAGGAAGCUACUGCUGGUCAGUCAGACAAGGGGCUGCGUCUUAUCAUUCCCACCCAACCUCUCGCUUACACCCGGUACCCUCCCAGUCCAACCUACACCAACACUCCCAUCACUCCUCUACCUAAACCUAUCGCUAUCAAACCUCAGCUUGCCUCUCCCAUCAUACCCUCAAUGCUGGUUCACCCUCAAAGGUACACCUUCAACAUGGCUAUGCCGGUCCCUCGCCCUCCCUCCCUUCCUGAACCACGUCCUGCUCUUUGGGAGUCCUAUCAGCCUCCUGACACUUUAUAGUCACGUGGCACUCCUUAUAUGGUAAUCCUAGUCACGUGGUGCUCCUGACUAAUAGUAUGGGACAGAUCAUGUUUUACCUCACAUGGUAGCGUUAGCACUGAUAAACCCUAUAAACCCGGUCGAGAUGAUGGUUUAAAGUCAUCCAGUUUUGAUUUCAUGAUGAUGUGACUGAAUUUAUCAUUUUCUUAUCGGACUUUAUUCUAACGAACUUAACUCGGUCGCUGAGGCUCUUAGCAGUCAUAGUCAGGGCCGGCAGAAUAAGGCACUACAAAUGUAUUGAUCGAUAAGCCACUAGCUGGUAAUAUCUCGAUAUCUCCUACAAUCCGUUGGAGGAAGUUAAACCCGAUACAUUUCUUUGAACUGUAAAGCAAUUGAUCUCUAAUUAUGAUAAUGUUUAGUUAUAUAGUGUAAGUACUCUUCUUUAUUGUUGCCGUGUUGUUAUCACCUGUUGAUUUGGCGCUCAUUUAUUGCGCGGCUUAAGUGUGAUCUUUCGUGAUUGAAUUAUGUAUACUUAAAAACGCACUUGUGCAACUGCAAGCAGUGAUUGCAAGUCCUGAUUAAAAUUUUCCGAAGAUAAAGCCUAUCACCUAUGUUAAGGAUGGACAUGAUUCCAUAUCUUUGCAGAAUUUAUGUAACAUUUCAAAUCUGUAAGCAAGGACUAAAUUAUAUGUCAUAAGUUUCUUAUCUCGUUGCUAGCUUAGUUCUUAUUGUUCAGGAAUUGGGUAUUUUUUGACCACAUAUUCAGAGAUAUCAUUCCUUCUUUAACCUCUCAUUCAUAUUGAAUAAUAUCAGAUUGCCACAGAUAGUUAAAGUUUGAACCAAGGCUAAGAAUCUUUCUGUAAAGCCCUUUAUUGUAUUAAUUGAAUUUUAAAAGUAAAGUGAGAAAUCGCUGAAUUUUCCGAGUCUGAAAAUGCAAUUGUGACAAAAUUUUUGUGUUUCUGAUCUUCUUUGUUGUGUUAAAGUAAUAACGGAAUUUGUUUUUUUGCUCUAUAUUUUAUACAUUUUUAAUUGAUAAUUCCAUUUUUGAUCAGUAAAAUAUUUAAUAGCUUCGUUGACAGUUAAACUCUUGUGUUGAGCCCUUUGGUUCUAUUGCCUGAUAAAGAGUCUCACAGUUAAUAAAGUGACCGUUACAUUUCGUUUCUAAAGAACGCUACCUCCUCAAUCGUAUAGUGUUUUUGUCAAAAUAUGAGCUGACUGUUUAAUAUGAUUUGCGCGAAACGUUAUGUAUUUUAGUGCAUUUGCCACAGAAAAUGAAUCGUGUUGCACAAGCUUAUAAAAAUUUAAGUGAUACGAAAAAGGGUUAUGUUGUAUUGUAAUCACGAUUUAAAGUUAAAAUGUGCGUGAGUGUAAAAUUUAAACAGAAUCAUUGUACAAACAUUAAUUGUAUUGCGAUUUUUCUUUUAUCAAAAUCUUGAAA